UCAUCCAUCCAUGAGCAUGGUAUGGGCAUGGUAUAGCGAGUGGAAUGUACACGGUGCCAGUUGGAGUGAGCGAGUUGUCGUCAGUCAGUCGUGAAGUGAAUGUCGAUGAAAGCGUUUGCAGCGACUGCGUUACGCCUAUUUCAAUUGGUUCGAUAAACCGAAAAAAUAAGGCAGCAGAGAAACAUUAUCGUAAAACCAGAAAGCAGUUCAAAAGUUUUUCGGUAAAGCAUUUCACAAAUUGUUUUCUCGUGGAACGGAAUGCAUUCCAUUUGUGUGUGUGACAUAAGCGUUUUAUAGUGAUUUGGAAUUUUGAGCACGCAUCAAACAAUUUAAGACGGUAAAAAAGUAAGAACCAAGUCGGGAAGAACUAAAAGUAAAGAAGCAAAAGAAGAAAAAAUUGAGUAAAAAAUGCAAAUAAUCUGUUUGAUUUAAAGGUUAUCUGCCGAGUGAAGUGAAGAAAACGAGUGAUUCGCUUCGCAUUUGACACUAUUCUCAUAGCUCUCGCUUUAUCGUUCGUAUUCCGUAUGUGUUUCAACGAAAAAUUUCUGAUAGGAGCAUAUUUCGAAGGGAGAUACUUUUUAUUGCCAAAGUUGUGAACAUAGAAAAAUAAAUUUUUGGUUCGGUGCCGUUGAUGUGCUAUCGACACACACAUUCACAAAACUCAAACUGUGUGUCUGUGUACUCAGUGUGUGCUUUCUCGGUGUGUACUCAAUUCGGCAAUCGAUUUUUAUUCUGUGUUAUUUUUUUUGUUUUCCUUUUUAUCGCUUUACGUGCUGUUUCUUGGUAUGAAAUAUGUGCAGUGGCCAUCGGUUGCAAACGAGAAAAACUUGGCCGAGGAAGAAAUGUGUUUAAAUGGAUCUUUGACUUGAAAAGGUUUUUUUUAUUUUUCUUCUUUAACUUGUUCGUUCGUGUGUCGGUGGUUUGUUGUUCGUUCGCUCUGAAAAUAAAAGAGAGCAUCACGCAAAAAAAGACUAAAGAAUAAAAAAGAACGAAAAAAAUAGUAGCGCACGGAUGCUUUUUGGUGAAAAGGCGCCCUUCGAAACAAGAAAUAGAAGAAAAACGCACAACCAUCUAUACAUUUAAACCGACGCAUUCAAUUUAUAUAUAUCUGGAAAUUCUUUUGAAAACACACCACAUUGAAUCCAUUUGUGCGCGCUCUUUGUCAUGUCAGUGUAUAUGUAUGUACAUAUGUGUGGUGAUGGUGCUGCGGUUACUGGAUUACACGCAUCCAGAAGCAAAGAGCUGAAAGCUAAAACAUAAAAAUUCGAAAAGUUGUCAAAAGACGAAAUCGAAAUAGUUGCUAUUUUAUAUGCGAUGCGGUGGAUGAUAUUGGAUGAGAGAUAGAUUGAAGGAAGAGCACUGAGUGUUGUCUGCUAAAAUCCACGUUCGCCCAAUCUAUCGCUCCCUAAUGUGAAUUGAAAAAUACCGAGCGAAAGCAAAAAAAAAAACAACCAGUUACAGUACUCAGAACGAGCAUAGAACAGUUGUGGUGCAUGUGAUUGAUGCGACUGACAACGCAAGGGUUAAACACCAGCAUUUAUUGUAUUGUAUAUAUAAAUACGAUGGAAAAGGGAAAAAACGACAGCGUACCCGAGUACGAGAGAGAGAGAGAAAAAAAAAGGAAACAAGAUAAAAUGAAUAAAGCUUUAUAGAAAUGAUUUUGAAACUAAUCUAACAAUCUCUCCAAUCUGACAGUUGAGGUUUUUUGCUAAACUUUGUUGUUGUGUAGUAUGUUUGUGAAUGUAACUAAAUCUAAAUCGACCUACCAAUGAUAAACGGGAAAAUUACACCAAUGUGGAAAUAAAAAUAAGAAGUACAUCUAUCAAAUGGCUCAAAAAAAAGAGAAAAUAAGUAAAUAAAACCCACGAAAAAAAGGGAUCCCAACGAUUGAGCGAACCAAAUACGUGCAAUUGAAGAAGCAAAGCAAAGAAAAAAACGAGAAGUUAUUCAAUAAAUAAAUCUGUUCCGAUAACAUUUAAAUGCUUUGAGUGAAAUUUGAGUGUGCGUGUAAGCGCAAUGAUAGCAGGAAUGCUCUGUGUUCAAUGAUAUAGUUAAUAUAAAAAUUGGAUUAUCCGAGCAACGAGCUCGACGAGACAUCAAAAACGUUCAACGGAAUAAACGAGGGAAAAACGACAACGACGACGACGACGACCAAAAAUCAAUUCCCAAGCCCUAGCAAUCAAGCAUCGAGCAGAUCAAUUCAAGAAAAGAAAAUUAUGCACGAUGACGAAAAAACUAAUCGGCAUAUAAAAAACGACUUUGAGUUGAUGACAUUUAAUGGAUAUUUGCCCUGUGAAAUCGAAAAGAUCAACUCGUCACUACGUUUGAACAUGCUGCACAAGUCGAUGCGCUAAAAUUACAAAACAGAAAGAACGGGAAAAAAGUUGGACUGAAGUUCGUGUAAUGGCGGAGUCGGCAUGUCAUGACCACAAAUGGACAUCAACGUAGAAAUGCCAGUGCAGCAACGGCAACAAAAACAAGAAUAGAAAAAUAUGGAAAUAGCUUUAAAACCAAUCUGAAUUUAUAUAUAUGUUUGGAUAUAUCAACUGGAACCGAGUAGGAAAGAGAGAAGAAAAAUAGGGAAAAAGCCCUAUGAAUGUGUUAACUUUUUUCUCGUUUCAUUUGAAAAAAGAAAACAAAUUUAACGAAAGAAAUACACGAACGGAAGAGAAAAAUCUGUAUGAAAUUUGACCGACGUAGCUCAAAGUUUCUUCUUUAUUGAAUGCUACAAUUCGGCGAACGAAGCGAGUUUAUUCGAAAAUGUUUAGUUAAAAAUUGCGAAUGUAAUCAGAUUAAACGAGUUUCGAAAGUUUUUUUUUCUGCCCCUGACUGACUGACGGCAAUCCGAAUCAACGAGAGCGUACGAAACGUAGGAAAAACAGUGCGCAGCAAACGAAAAGCUGUCACGACUUAACGACAAAAAAUAUGUUUCUAGCUGCUACGUAUUUAGUGCGGAAUGCAUAAAUUCUCUGAUGAAAUUUCGGUAAACACGUGCACCGAGAGUGAAAGAUAGAUAUACUAACGGUAGGAGAGCAUUACCAUUAGCAAAAUAGAUAGAAUAGGCACAUCAAUCGCAAUUUACCCGAAAACGCUAGUCUCUGGUAAUUUAUCAACGCUAGGUAAACGAGGACGGCAACGGCGACGACGACGACGACGACGACGACGACGACGACAACACCAACAAUAAUAGUGAGAGACAGCGAAAGCAAUGAAUGAUGCGAAAAUGAAGCGAUUUUACUUCGUAUUUAUCAUUGUGAGCAUCGUAAUCAGGGCUGUGUAUACGUGUCCGGAAGUUUGCACAUGCAAAUGGAAAGGUGGCAAACAGAGUGUCGAAUGCGGUGAUAAAUUUCUCACCGACUUGCCCAGCGGAAUUGAUCCCGGCACACAAGUGCUGAACUUCACCGGCAACAAUCUACAGUACUUGAUGAGCGAACGCUUCUUCAAAAUGGGGCUGAUUAAUUUGCAGAAAAUCUUCUUACCCAGGAAUCAACUGUCUCGCAUUCAUGACCGUGCAUUUCGUGGCCUUUCGAAUUUGGUCGAAUUAGAUUUGUCGGAAAAUAUGCUCACUGUUAUACCAUCGGAAACGUUUACCGACUAUACGUCACUAAUGCGAUUAAUUUUGAGCGGAAAUCCGAUUCGAGAGUUAAAAUCGAACGCCUUCAAGUAUCUCUCGUUUUUAACGACCCUUGAACUGAGCAACUGCCAACUGGAGCGGGUGCAGGACGAAGCAUUCUUGGGCUUGGACAACUUGGAGUGGCUCAGGUUGGAUGGAAAUCGCAUAAGCACGCUGCAAGGUCAUCACAUUUUGCCGCAAUCACUGCAUGGUAUCAAUAUGCAAGGUAAUCGAUGGAAUUGCGACUGCAAACUAAUCGAUUUGCAUUCUUGGCUCAUCAACUACAACGUGCCGCAGCAGUUUGAAGAUCCAAAGUGCAUGGUCCCCGAACGUUUGGCCGGUCAAGUCAUCAAACAUUUGAAAACGGAUGAUCUGGCAUGUUUACCCGAAAUAAUACCAGCAUCGCAGUUCUUCGAGCUAACCGAGGGUCGAAACAUUUCACUGAUGUGCAAAAUCACAUCGUCGCCAGAUGUUUCGAUAACAUGGUGGUUUCAGGGCCAUCUACUGCAAAAUGAUACAUUCACAUCGCAGAACAUGCACAUUUACUAUUUCAUUGACGAAGGCAACGAUGACAAGCACAGUGAACUGUUUAUAUACAAUGUUGUUCCUGAAAUGAAUGGAACAUUUUCAUGCGUCGCUGAGAAUUCAGCCGGAAAAUUCAUUGCAAACUAUACGAUUCGUGUGCUGAUGAAGGAAGAGCCAGUGGUGGAAGAAAUCAAUUUUGCUUAUGAAUAUUUUAUCGUAAUAAUUGUUGGUGCUGGAGUGGCGGCAUUUGUUAUUGUGUUAACGUGUUGUUGUAUAGUAUUGAAAUGCAAACGAAAGUCGAAACGGAAUCGCAAAUUCAAGAGUGGCUCACAGGAUGCUAGUUUGCAAUUGCAAUCAAACCAAAUCAAAUUUUCCGGUACGAAGCCCGAUGCUCCGACACUAUAUCCUAUACUAAAAAAUGGAAAUUACAGCACUCAGCACAAAGAUAUGCAAUUGACGAUUGGGCCGAGCGCAUCAUUACUCACUCAUCACAAUCACAAUCACAAUCAUAGUAGCGAAAUAGCGGCGGUGACAGGCAGCCAAUGCUGUAGCCCACCAUCAAUACGAAAUUAUCAAGAUCAGAAUCCUGAUUUAAUAAAUGAUGCUGAAAGUGUAAAGAGUCGUACGCAUAUCGAUGUGGAUGAUGCAGCCAGUGAGCAAGCAUCGAUUGGCCCGUGCAGUAUACAGGGUUUGAACUGCGAAAAUGGCUAUCAUCCGAGUGAGAAAAUGCUUCGUAACGCUGCCAAUGCUGCCAUCAAAUAUAACCCGUUGACGACCUUACCUCAAGGCAUCAAUAAAGAUUUGUAUCAUCAUCAAGUCGAUGUACACUUGAGUCCAGGCUGCUUUUUAGCACAGAAUCUCGCACAAAAACCGUAUCCCAUCGGAUGCUACCAAGAUUAUCAAGGCAUGCCGUCACCGCUGGUGCAACCCCAUUUAUUAAAUCAGUCAAGCAAUCAAGUGAAUUUCUACCGCACGCUGCCGCACAAACCGAAAGCCAAAGCUGCACAUAAUCAUGGCGUUCGGUUUUCGUUGGAAGCUGAAUUCCUCAAUCAGGGUUCAACAUUCGCAUUUGACACAUACAAUUUGAGAAAGGAUAUUCGAUACACGGUCGAAGGUUAUCCAAAACCGGGCGAUAAUCCGCAAGUAAACGAUCAACAAUUCCCAUCGCCGCCGGAUGGUUAUAAAAAUGAAGCUAUGCAACCCAUCGUAGGUAUCUUAAGUAAUUCAUCAGUGCUUUGCACUACACAGCCACAACAAUGGCCGACAGCAUUGCCCGGCUACAAUGUUACAAAAAUUGAUCCAAUCAUAAGUUCAACGUCGCCGAAUCUCAUGUUAACGGCGACAAGUGCGAAAAAAAUCAUAUUGAAUAGCAGCAGCCUAGAAAAAGAUGUGAUACCCGAACAAACCGAAGAAGAAGAGGCCGAACAAUACAAUGGUGAUAAAUUGCGGCAAUUGACAGGUCCGCUAGCGGAUAGCCCCGAUGAGGGAUACGGCGGCGAUGCAACAACACCGGCCGAUACUUGACACAUACCAAAUUCAAUCAGCCAAAUUGCAGCCGAUAACAAUGCUACACUAACCAAUGGCACUAACACCACAACACCAAUCAAUGCGACUAACAACAAUAGCCACUCAAUAGUGCCGAACAGCGAUUUCGACAAAAUUGCCGACGAUUCGGUGGCUCUGUAAGUUAUAGAAUGUGCCCUGCAACAGCAGCAACCGGAUAUCGAGAGGAAAAACAAUUAAUUGCAACGAAAUUACCGAACCGAACCAGAGAUACUGAAAAACCAGAUCAGAGAUCGCCGCAUAUACAGUGGACCCCGACACACCGACAUGACGGAAAAAUACAUUCGCCAUGGAAAACUAAUUAAAAUCGAAUGAACGGACUAAACUGUAGAAAUCAAUUAAAACUGCAUUUAGUAGCAGAUAUGUGAAACGUAUUGGAUACCUGUUGUAGCAUUCAUACAUAUGUGUGUAUGUAGUGAGAACGAUAAAUUUCCAAAUUUCGAAAUGGCGCAAUGUUCAAACCAGAGAAAAAAAAUUGACAGCUUAAGACAGGGUAUUCAACUAUUCAGCAAUGUGCAAAAAGUGCACAGAGCAAAAGACAGCUAUAGUAGACUAGGGAAAAUUUGUUAGCAAUUGAAAAACUCAACAGUCAAAACAUACGAGAAAAACCAAAAGAUAAACUUCAUUCACUCUAAUUGGAAUUUGAGAUAAUGGAAAAUUGGCACAAAAUGCGUGUUCAAUGUUCAUGCACAGCGUGCGAUGCGAUGUGACGCCAUGCCAUAUUAUUAUUAUUAUUGAAAGAGUGGUGGGACGGCAGUGAGAAAGAAACUACGAAAUGUGUGCACGGGGCGGGAAUGUCAAACAAAAACCAAAUCCAUCAUUCGCAUUAUGGCCAGAUUGUAUAUUUACUUUAGAGAACUAUGAAUUCAUAAACUUUUCCAUAAAUAAUAUUAUUACCAUAAUUAAUGCCUCGUCGCGCGUGUAUUCAUGCGAGAAAUGACAGUAACAAAGAAUGGAUUCCCAAGACGCUGCAAAAAUGGAAUGUGCCGAGCAAAGUUUUUGAUGAAAGAGAAUCCGUGUUAAAAUUAUAAAAGACAGAAACAGCGAAAGAGAGCGACGGGGAUGUGAAGUGUGUGUAUACGAGGAUAACAAUAGGAAAAUGUGUUGUUCAAAGGGUCCGAGAAAUAGGAAGCAGACGAUUUUCAUCAUCGAAUUUUGCCAAGCAAACGAAAUCCAAACUGAAACAAGAGAACUUUUCUACAAACAAAUCCAGAAUGAUUCAAUCAUGACAUCCAUCUAUCUAUGUGUGGUCGCCAACAGAAUGAAAAUAGUCGAUGCCGACAUGGAAACAGAAUGUGAGAUAGUGUAAAAGCUUACUUCAGCUUCCGAUGUCUUAGUGAUGUGUACACAGCGAUUUGGAAAUGAAGGGAAAGAGGGGGGGUAAGGAAAAUAGUGUAAGCAAGUUUUCAUAAUAUCAAAAACAUUUAUUAAUAAUAGAGAAUAACAAAAGAUGCUUCAAACUUCCUGAAAUUGAUAAACCGACACGAUAGACUAGAUCCCACACAAAAAAACAGAUCUCGAAAUUUGGAGUAUGAUGGCAUGAACUCCACUCGAUUCAAGGAAACAUCUAUAAAUAUUUUGUACACAUUACUAUGAAACACGCAUAUACACGUUCCAAGAACUUAUUUGGCAAAAUGCAGAAAUUCAUUUUUCUACAUCGCCCUUUUUUGCUCCAUAUCCCUCUCACUCACUCACUCACUCACUCACUCAUCCUCAUCGAUAUACACUUUAUUCCACUGUGCUCGAUCCAAUUUCGUUUUAUUCCGAAUUUUUCAAUUUAUCUGUUUGACAACGGAGGGCCAUGCGAAGAAGAGCGAAAUUUAUUUGCACAAUGCAAGGGAAUAAAUAGAGGCAAACAAUAUAAUAUGUUUCAUGUAUUCGGUCUCUUUCUCGCUUAUUUUCUGUAUAUUCUUUUCGGCGUAUUUCGCACAACAAAUUGUAGACAUCCUCCUCAGUACAUCAUACACACACAUACACAACAAUACAUUCGUGAUGCACAGCAGAAAACAGAUUACCAAUACUCAAACAAAUCCGAAAAAAAAUGCCAGCGAAAUUACAUAUUUUCCAUCGAUUCACCACCAACAAUAACCGUAAUAACAACAACAAUCAAACGAAUUAUAUUUAUCUCUGUCGCUCUGUGUAACUUCCUAUCUGGCUGAUUCAUUUCGAGAGGCGAACAUCUUGAAAAUUUAUUCAUUUCAACAGUCACACUCCACAAGGACGGGAAAAAGAACAAAAAAAGAAUGUUGAAAAAAAGAAGAGAAUAAAAACGAAGGAUAUUAUUAAGAUGUUUCUGAAAAAUGAAAACGGAGGCGCAUGAAAAUAAGAAGACUGAAAAGUAGCUAAACUCAUAGUAGUCAUUGAAUCUCUCUCUGUGUGUCUUCUUUUUUCGCUGGCAUUCAUUGAAAAAUAUUUAUUUUUCAUUGACAAACGAAUACAAAUUAUGCCGAACGACGACAAAUAUAUGAAUACUGUCGCAAUAGCAAAAAUAAAUACACAGAGCAAAAAUAUUAACAAACAGAUGAAGGAAAGAUGGAGCGAAUUUCUGAAAAUGUAUAAGUCUUAUUAACGUCAAAAAUCAUGGGAAAAGAAGACAAAAUUGAUUGACAUGGCUGCUUUUAUGCAUAUUAAAAAAACAUUUCUUUCCAUUUUUUUUCUCUCGCUCUCGCUCUCUCACUCCUGUGCUCAUCACAUCCUGUUCAUGUUUUGAGCCGAGCGGCUGAUGUUGCAUGUUUUACUUUGCUUUUAUUUGUUAUUUAUCGAAUGUUACGUCCUUUGUGACAAUGCGCACAAAGAGAUCGAGUGGGAGCAAACGAACGGCAGAUUUAUGUGCAGCAUAUUUUAGUUUUUGAUGAUGAACACGAGCAAAUAUGGCAGCGAAUUAUUUGCGAUUGUUAUGAUGGAUUUGCUAGUAUACUGACAACCUUCGUUUGGUAUAAUGCAAAACGCAACCAUCAUCAUCAUCAUCAUCAUCAGUAUCCAGCGAGAAUCGUCGCGCAAAUGUAGCAUAACAAUUGAAAAUGACAGAAAAUCAAACCGCACAUAAAUUCAUGCACCAUUCACCACCGCCAAUGCCGCCGACCCCAUCGCUAUCAUGCUUGAUCUAAACAACACCAGCAGCCCCGAGCUCUACCAAUCGUAAAUCGCACGAAUUACACAUGCAGUGAAAUGGAAUACGAGGACAAAGACCAAGGGGGAAACUACUACUACCGCGUAAUUCAUAUUAAUACAAUCUAGUACAACACAAAUUCUGAAAAAUUCCAAAAAAUUCUGCGCAAUUCAAAACAAUUCCAAUCGAUUCCGAUGUUCCUUAGUCAAAUUUGGUGAUGAUCAACUCAAAAUAUCGCAAAUAUAGGGACAUUUACCAUUCAUUUGAAUGCAUAUUGAAGAUUUUUACUUCCAGAACAUAUUUGACUUGUUUUGAUCUACAAGACUCAAUUCUAGCUCUGUUUUCCAUUUUAAAAAUAUUUUAUGUAUCAUAAAGCCUUUACCUAUUUUAAGUGAAAUAUUGAAUUGGAAGUGAGACCUAUGUACAAUUAAAAACGCCAUAUCUGAAGUUAUUUCGAUAAGAUUGAACAUCUAUGCGCUUAAGCAUUCCUUUGAGAUGCUAAAUGACCCUAUAUUUGCAAUUUUUGAAGUUGAUCAUCAUCAAAUUUGACUUAGAAACAUCGGAAUUGAUUGGAAUUGUUCUGAAUUGCGCAGAAUUCUUUGGAAUUUAUCAGAAUUGGUGUUGUACUAGAUUGUAUUAAUAUGAAUUAUGCGGUAGUAGUAGUUUCCCCCUUGACAAAGACACAUAGAGAUUAAGUAUACAGCGGUACAGAAUCAAGAGAGAUUAUAUCAUUAAUAUUGAAGUAAAUCUGAUGAUGAUGAGGAGGAGAAAAAUGCUAUCUCGCAUAGGCAAAAAAAGAAUUGAGACUGAGAGAUACGGCCAACUUUAUUUGUGAAAUCGUACACUCAGUGCCGUCACCGCCACCUCCGCCGUUGCUUUGAUCCGCCGUCUCCGCACUGUAUGCACUCGCUCACUCGUACAAUGGAGCGGCUCAUAUCAUUUUUCGAGACAUAUUCAAUGUCGAAGCAUUAAACAUCAAUUUUACUUUUUCCAACCACGUCACAACGGCACAAAUUGUCGUCUGCACACAUUCUCUCUCGCAUUCUGGUUUUAUGGGCGAAAAAUUAAGUGUAUAAGCGACGCACCCGCUGGUUCUCUCGCCAUUUCCACCAGCCAACCGCACGUUUUAUUGUAACGACGAAUAAAUAAUGAAGAAUGAAGCGAACAAAAAAAAAAUGAAAAAUAGAAAUAUAAACAGAAAACGCAAAUAAUAAAAAUGGAUGCAAAGAAAUCACUUUUAAUUCAAAAUGUAUGUGAUAUGUACAAAUGUGUUUCGUGGGUUAAUGUCCUGAAUAAAAUUUGCUCCGAUUUAAAUUGAAUGUGUACGUGGUUGCGAAGUUGCUAAAGCACUUGGCAUAAUAAGCACGUGUGUGUCAGACAGAGCGACUUCUUUUCGCCUGCCAUUUUUUCUUUCUUUCUUUCGCUCACUCACUCGCUCCUGCUUUCUCUUCAUCGUUCUUGUAUUUGUUCGUCGAUUUUUCAUCGUGCUCUUAUCGAAUCGUUACAUUUUUCCAGAAAUUCAUUUCAGCUGUGUGGCUUUUUUGCCUUCUUUCCACCACUCCCUGUCGUCUCUCGUUCGUCGAAUUGAACAAAAGCUCUUGGCAUUUCUUUCUUCUUGAUGUUUUCGAUUUGAUGGUUAAUGAAGCGCCUCGCUCAUACACAAAUAUACAAUUCAUCAGCGAAAUAGAGAGAGAGAGAGGGGGUGAGAGAGAUAUAGAAUGAAAAUGAAUGUGUAUAGAUUUGAUUAUAUUUUUCGGUAAUAUAAUAUCGACAAUCCAUGGGUGCGCUCGUCAGCAUCACACAGCACGCUAGCAUGUAAGCAAGCGUGCGCGUCAACAUUUUCAAAAGGAAUUGAAAAGAAUGAAGCGCUGAAAAGAGGAUUGUGUUUUUCUUCCACUUGUCAGCCGCCCAUCUAUUUGUUUAAGAAAAUGCACAAUGGAAAAACUAAUUGAAUUCAUGCAAAACGUAUUAUAUUUGCUGACACAAAAAGCCGCUCGCUUGAUGUAUUUACUUACAAUUGAAUGGAAAAACAUAUUGACAUCAAAAACAAGAAGAGUGGAAGCUUAUCCAUAUGUUCAAUUCAUUAGUUUAUUGUUAAUGCUCACUGCAACGAAGCCAACCAAAUUCCACUAUGAAUAAAUAUGGUAAAUAUGCAUGACAGUCCCGGCACAAACAAACAAACAAACAAACAAACAAACCAACCAACAAUAGAAUACACACACACUCACACAAAAUCCACGGCCUGAAAAAUCACAAAUCGGAAAAUCAAAUUUUUGUACACUCUUUUGGCGAGAGCAGAGAGAGAGAAAAAUUAAUAAUAAUAAAAUGCACAAAAACCGACAUUUCUAUAUUAUUAUUAAAUAUUAUUACUAUUAUUAUUAUGAAUGGAUGACGAUAUUGUUACAUGCAUAUGGGAAAUGGGAAAUGGGGGGACAAACAUUGACAAAAGAAAUUAUAUACUUAUUGAAAUUGAACAAUUCAUGUUAUGUAAUUAAAAUAGCAUCAAUGCUAAUGUGUUACCUGAUUUAAUCUUUAAUACCCUGUUCUUUUUUUUGAUCAUUUGCGUAAAUAUCGAUUUUUUGCAUACGCACAAAUAAUGAAAUCCACGAAAAUGGGAAAGUGAAUGGAAACGAACAAUUUCAUUAGGAAAUUAUUGAACAAAAACGUAUCGGUGCGUGUAAUUCUUUCUGGUUUUUCCAUUCUCUGCUGUACAUUUCAUAUGUUCAGUUUGGCAUCGGCUGCUGAAAUUUGUGUUAAUUAAAAUUAAUAAUCAUUGUUUCCAAAAAUCCCACCCCGAAAAAGUUGAUGCAAAAAAUAAAUGCAAAUGGAAUAAGGGAAUGAGGGACAAACCGAGUUUAAAUGAGCCGAGGGAAAACGAUGAAUAAUAACACAUUCACUCACUCACACAAAUACACACCAACACAAACAAACACCCAAAAUGGAACAUAUAAUUAUGAAAUAUAAAUAUGAAUAUAAUAUAUAUAAAAUUGUAUGUAUUUUGAAGCAAACAACAUAAACAUAUAAAUGGAAUUAGAUUUACUGAACACAUAGCAAAAAAAACUAAACUAAAAUAAAAUAAAAGACAAAGUUUACGAGAAAAAAAAAACCAUUGCAAUUACAACUUAAUUUAACCUAAUUGUACACAUUAGAGAAUGUUAUAAAUUUGUUUGAGACGAAGGCACACAAUCACACAGGCGAAAAUAAAUGCGGCACGUGUAUGGGUGUACAUCAGCUGAGCAAAAAUAUGGAAUACUAAGAAGAGAGGACGAGGAAGAAAGAAAACUUUUUUUAUUCACGUAAUAAAUAUGAAAACUUAAAUUAAGUGAAGUAAGACGUAUUAUAUUUAAAGGGAAAAAUUCUUUAACAAAACCACAUUCACACUCACAACAACACGAACAAAAAGUUAAAUAAAACAAUAAAUGAGAAGGAACAACAAAAAAA